AUGGCUCAGAUCAAUUGCACCCAGGUGACAGAGUUUAUUCUCGUGGGCCUCACGGAUCGUCAGGAGUUGAAGAUGCCCCUCUUUGUGGUAUUCUUGUCUAUCUACCUUUUCACAGUAGUAGGCAACUUGGGUUUGAUCUUAGUCAUUAGAACAGAUGCAAGAUUGAACACACCAAUGUACUUUUUCCUAAGCAAUCUGGCUUUCGUUGAUUUCUGUUACUCUUCUGUUAUCACACCCAAAAUGCUUGGGAAUUUCUUGUACAAACAAAAUACUAUUUCCUUUGAUGCAUGUGCUACUCAGUUAGGCUGUUUUCUGGCCUUCAUGACAGCUGAAUGCUUGCUACUGGCUUCUAUGGCCUAUGACAGAUACGUGGCCAUCUGUAACCCUCUCCUUUAUAUGGUCGUAAUGUCCCCAGGAAUAUGCAUUCAACUCGUAGCUGCCCCCUAUGGUUACAGUAUCUUGGUGGCACUGUUUCAUACCAUUCUCACCUUCCGCCUCUGCUAUUGCCACUCCAACAUCAUCAAUCAUUUCUAUUGUGAUGACAUGCCUCUGCUCAGGCUAUCAUGCUCAGACACUCGCUCCAAACAGCUGUGGAUCUUUGCCUGUGCUGGUAUCAUGUUCAUUUCCUCUCUUCUUAUAGUCUUUGUCUCCUACUUGUUCAUUAUCUCUGCCAUCCUGAGGAUGCGCUCAGCUGCGGGAAGACGCAAGGCUUUCUCCACAUGUGGUUCCCAUGUGUUGGCUGUCACCAUAUUCUAUGGGACCCUGAUCUUUAUGUACUUACAGCCCAGCUCUAACCAUUCUCUUGACACAGAUAAGAUGGCUUCCGUCUUUUAUACAGUGAUUAUCCCCAUGUUGAACCCCUUGAUCUACAGCCUUCGGAACAAGGAUGUGAAAGACGCCCUGAAGAAAGUUGUCAUUGAUAGAAAUGAAGCUUUUAUGUUCCUAAAAUUUAAAAAAAUUCCAAGGCUGUAUUAA